AUGCCCUCCGCCACCGAAGACUACUCCCUCACCGACGAGCAGAAGCAAUUCUGGCUCGAGCACGGCUUCCUCAAGAUCCCCAAAUGCUUCAGCCGCGAGGCCGCCGAGGCCUUCACCUCGUCGAUAUGGGUGCGCCUCGGCGCCUCGCCAACUGACAAAUCGACCUGGCCGACCGAGAAGCUCAACAUGCCGGGCCACGUCACCGUGUCGGUCAAGGAAUUCGCGCCCAAGGCCUACGCGACCAUGUGCGAGCUCGUCGGGGGCGAGGACCGCAUAGCGGACUGGUGCAAGGAGUGGAAGGACGGGUUCAUCGUGAACCUGGGCAAGCCCGAAUACAAGCCGGAUGAUCCGCUGGACUAUCGUACCUUGGACAACUGGCAUAAUGACGGCGACUGGUUCGUCCAUUUUCUGGAUAGUCCGGAGCAGGCGCUGCUGGUGAUUCCCCUGUUCACGGAUAUCAUGCCCAAGGGGGGAGUACGACCAUCCCGACGGCGUAACGCCAUUCCUCGCACCGCGCGGCACACCAGACAUCCAAGGGCCCGAGCGGCGCAAGUACUGGAACAGCUGGAUCCAGAACCCCGAACUGACGCGCGAGAGACCUUUUUCGAAGCGACGGGCGAAGUCGGCGACGUGUACCUGCUGCACCCGUUCAUGCUGCAUUCGGCAUCGAAGAAUCUGCUGCGCAACCCGCGGAUCAUCACGAAUCCGCCAGUUGCGCUCAAGGAGCCGUUCAACUACAACCGCAGCGACCCGAGUGAGUACAGCCUCGUCGAGCAGAAGACGCUCAGGGAUCUGGGGAGGCCGGAGGGGCUGCCGGAGUGGAAGAUUACUGCGCCUAGGGAGAGGCUUGUGCCGCUGCGUGUGAAGAAACAAGAAGAGAUGAAGCGGAAGGAGCUAGAACGCCUGGCCAAGGAGGGAGUGCCAGUCAACAAACUCGGAGGGAAGAAAUUGCUGGACCAGCUUUAUCCAUCAUAA